AUGACUUCGGAAGAAGUUGAACCAACCCAAAUAAACAAGACGGUUCCUGAGUCACCGUCGUCGUUUCCAUCGCUACCAGACGAAAUCAUAGAGAACAUUCUUGCCCGUGUCUCGAGAUGGAAGUACCCAUCGCUCUCUCUCGUCUCAAAGGGAUUCCACUCUCUCUUAUCAUCUAGGGAGAUCUACAAGACGCGAUCUCAAAUAGGAGCCAAUGAAACAUGCGUCUAUGUCUGGUUAAAGUUGCCCGGUCAUCCUUGUGCGAGCUGGUUUAGCCUUCGGACGAAACCUAAUAAUCAAAAUCAAACCAAGCAGAGAAGGAAGAUGAGGUUUAAGCGCGACCCGAGUGGAUUUUCUGUUGUUCCUAUAGCUUCCUCUCCUACCGAUUCUUUUCCCGAACUAUAUUACACCAAAACGGUUGGUCCGGAAAUCUACAUAAUCGGUGGACCCUACGUUAACAAACCGUCUUCCUCAGUUCGGAUCUUCGACUGUCGGAGUCACACUUGGCGUGAUGGCCCUAAGAUGACCGUGGCUAGAAAGCAUGCCAAUACAGUUGUACUCGAUGAGAAAAUUUAUGUGAUGGGAGGUUGCGAUAUUGACGCGUACUAUGCCAACUGGAUUGAGGUAUUUGACGUUAAAACUCAGUCAUGGGCAGCCUUUCCUGGGCCGGGCGUUGAUGAGUUAUGCAACCACUUUCGCAAAAGACGUUGCUAUAAUGUUAAUGUGUUCGAAGGGAGAAUUUACUUACUGGCAGGUGAUAUGGAAUACACUUACGAGCCGAAAGAUGGUACAUGGAAACUUGUCAAAGAGAUAUCGAGUUUCCUAUCCGAUGAUUCCGUGUACGCUUGGAGUGAGAUUGGGAAGGUAAUAUGUUGUCGCACUCGCUCCGGUUAUUUAAUGUGGUCUGCCUCUGAGAAUGAGGGUAGAGUAUGGAGAGAGAUUAAGGGUUUGAAAAAAUUGCGUAGGCACCCUACAAGAGGUUUAAAUCUUGGGUAUGUGUUUGCACUGUUGGACUGUGGUGGCAAACUUUUAGUUAUGUGGUAUCCUUAUCGCAUUUCUGGUAUCAGAAGCAAGAAAAUUUGGUAUGCCAAGAUUUCUUUAGAAUCAAGAUGCAAUGGACGCGAGGUGUGGGGAAAAGUUGAGUGUGUCGAUGUGCUUACGUUUCCUGUCGAAUCAUAUGAAGGGUUGGAUUGUUUAACUGCUUCUGUUUGA